AUGCUGUUUCUGACGCUGUUCUUUGAGUCGGUGUGCUUCCCGACAAUUGUCGCGCUGGGCAUUCGCGGCUUGGGCAGACAUUAUAAGCGUGGCUCGGGGUUUAUUGUCGGUGGUGUGUGUGGCGGCGCGGUGGUGCCGCCUAUUCUGGGGCAUGUGGCUGAUCUGCGCAAUGAUACGGGAUUUGCGAUGAUUGUGCCUACUAUGGUAUGUUGGCUUGUGGGGUUUGGUAUGGGUGUAGCUAACGAUUUGCAGUUCAUGGUUGUUGCGUGGACUUAUGCUGUUGCGGUCAAUUUUGUCCCUUCCUACCGUAUCACUGUUGAUAAGGUAGGAGAGAGUACCGUCGGGCUUCAGAGUGAGAAUAUCAAGGAUGAGGAGGCCUUGGGAGAUACUGAGAAGGCUGCUGCUGAUGCAACAGUACACUCGGUUCGGUAG